UUUUAUAUUCAUUUUUUUGUGUUUUCAUUUUCUUCUCCAUUCGAUUUCUUCAGAACAGCAAGAGAGGAGAAUCAAUUCCUCAUCAUUGGAAUUGUUUUCUCUCUGAACCCCUUCAGAAAAAAUCGCAGCUUUAGAUUCUAGCUGUUCCUUUUUUCUUGGUUAAGAUUACGCUUGAAAAUUUCUUAUACUCACAGUUUCAGCCACAUUUUGAUACAAAGAUCUAUGCUUUAAGCUGUUUCAGGUUCUGGGUUGGAGUUGUUCUUCCUCAUAAACCAUUGAUUCUUCUGCAAAACUGUACCCCCCCCCCCCCCCCCCAAAAAAAAAAGAAGUCCAAGUUUCUCUCUCUCUAUCUCUCUCUGUGUCCUGAAGUUGAAAGCUUUUGUUUUUAUUUUUUAUAUUUUCUCGUGUCUUUCUCUCUCUCUUUUUUGUGAGGGUGGACUUGUGGAAUGCCGGGGUCAGAGGUUUCUGAAACAUGUUGUUGUUGUUGUUGUAGCAGCCUUUUUGGUGAAUUGGGUUGCUGAGGUUUCUGUAUUGGGUGGUAGAGAAUCUCAGUUCUGAGAGAUCUAAGCCUCUUUUAAGGUUUUUGGAUUCAUCAUCACACACCCUUUUUGUUGCUUAGUUCUGAAAGUGAAAGAGUGAGAGAGAUUGAAGAUGAUGAGGAUGAGGAAUAGUAAUAAUAAUAAGACAAAUGGCCUUUCCCCUAUCAUGAAUGGAAGCUCAGCUGGUUGCAGAGCUGAACCCGGUUCAAUGGAUUGGGAGAGGAGGCCAGGUGGAAUGCUGGUUCAGAUGCGAACCGGUAAUUCGGAUCAGAACUCAGUUCAUGUACCAACUAUUAGAGUUAGGGUCAAGUAUGGUUCAAUUUACCAUGAAGUCAACAUUAGUUCCCAAGCUACAUUUGGGGAAUUGAAGAAAAUGCUGUCAGGGCCAACUGGGUUACACCACCAAGACCAAAAGCUGUUUUACAAAGACAAGGAGAGAGAUUCAAAAGCUUUCCUUGACAUAGUUGGGGUCAAGGACAAAUCAAAGAUAGUGCUUGUGGAAGACCCUAUUAGUCAAGAGAAGAGGUUAUUGGAGAUAAGAAAAAAUGCUAAGAUGGAGAAAGCUGCAAAAUCUAUCUCAGAAAUCAGCUUGGAAGUAGAUAGGCUUGCAGGGCGGGUAUCUGCUUUUGAAUCAAUAAUUAGCAAAGGUGGGAAAGUUGUAGAAACAGAUUUUCUUAGUCUGAUUGAGCUAUUGAUGAAUCAAUUGAUUAAAUUGGAUGGUAUAACGGCUGAUGGGGAUGUGAAAUUGCAGAGGAAAAUGCAGGUAAAAAGAGUGCAAAAGUAUGUUGAAACUCUGGAUAUGCUGAAAGUUAAGAAUUCCAUGCCUAGUAGCAAUGGAGGUCAUGCCCCAAUACAGCCUCAACAAAAGCAAUCAAAUGGGCAAAAACUGGGACCAAUUCAAGAGCAACCACAAAUGCAUGCAAAUGGGAAUCAUAGGUUGGUACCAAUUCAGGAGCAGCAACAAGAACAACCAAGGAACUCAAAUGGGAAUUCCUUAGUAUUUAAGCAAGAGCAACAACAACAACCCUCAAGGAAUUCUACCUCUGGAGUUGUAGUUACCACAAAAUGGGAGACAUUUGAUUCUGUCCCACCAUUAAUCCCAGUGCCAUCCACAUCAACACCCCCAUCAGUGACCAAUAAUAAUUCAGGUCAUCCAAAGUUCAAUUGGGAAUUCUUCGACUAAAAUACCAUAAUACCACGUGUUUGUAAUUGUGUGGAUGUGAUUUGGGUUUGUCUUCCACUUGGCGUGUUAUAUGUUCUAUACAUUCUUUGCUGUAUUUAGAUUUGUUUAGCAACCCCUCUAAUAUGUCAUUUACUUCAGAAAUAAAAGGGGUUUGCUAUAAUAUUGAUUAUCAUAAAAAAAAAAAGGUUACAUUUCUGUGAUAUUGGUGG